AAUAAUAAUAAAGUACCUAUAGGGACGUAUUUAGUAUAACGCGAACUUUUAACGAUGAAAAAGACAACUCGGUAUUUAUUGAAAAAGAAAUACUCGUUAAAAACAAUAUUGACCUCAAAAGUUAAGUCGACUAUCGACCGAUAUAAAAAAUGCCGAUUUUGGUUAACUAAGGGCUUGUGGAGCAUCGUAAAUAAUUGGAAAGAGUCUGUACCGGUGGCAAGCAAACAAACUACUAGAAUCGAAGAUAUUUUCCGUGGAUUGGAUGAAAAUAAAGACUUGUUAGAGAAAAGGCUGAAUGACGGCCAGGAUUUAUACCCCAAUUGUGAUACAUCGAUUUGGCUAAGGAACUGUACACGUGACAUCCCGACUCCCGUCCUAGGAAAAAUCGAAGGUAAGAUACCAGAAUGGUUAUCAGGGUCACUGCUAAGAAACGGUCCAGGGAGUACAAAAGUGGGAGAUUACGAAUUUAAGCAUAUAUUUGAUAGUUCUGCUUUACUACACAGAUUUGCAUUUAAAAAUGGAACAGUAUCAUAUCAGUGUAGAUUUUUGGAAUCGAACACAUACAAACAAAAUAAAGCAGCCCAAAGAAUUGUUAUUACCGAAUUUGGAACCAGAGCAUGUCCUGAUCCUUGUAAAACAAUCUUUCACAGGUUUUCUAAUGUAUUCAAAUGGGGAGACGAUCAAUCAGACAAUGCGAUGAUAUCUAUUUACCCAAUCGGCGAUGAAUAUUUUGCAUUAACUGAGUAUCCAAUAAUGAUCAAAAUUGAUCCUAUAACUCUCGAAACACUUAAUACUAUAGAUAUAGCUCGGCUGACUGGUAUUGUUCAUCACACUGCUCACCCACAUAUAACGGCCGAUGGUGCUGUUUUCAAUUUAGCGACUGUUCCAAAAAUUGAUGGACCUCAUUAUUGCGUGGUUAAAUUUCCUCGGUUUGAUUCAGAAAGUGGAUACCAAUAUUCAACGGACGAAAUGUUUGAGCGAAUGUGCGUUGUAGCUACCAUUAAAUGUCGGUGGCCUCUGCACCCUGGGUAUAUGCAUUCUUUUGGCAUAACGGACAAUUAUUUCGUCGUAGUUGAACAGCCUCUAAGUAUUUCGUUGUCCACCGCUAUGGUUAACAGAUUCAAAAGAGAUCCAAUGUAUAGUGCACUAAAAUGGUUUCAAGACUGUCCGACUCUAAUUUACUUGAUUUCGCGAUCUGACGGCAAAACGGUGAAGAUAUUUAAAUCGGAUGCAUUCUUUUAUCUACACAUAAUAAAUCAGUACGAAGAAGACGAUAAAGUGGUGAUCGAUAUUUGUUGUUACCGAGAUCCUUCUAUGAUCGACUGUAUGUUUGUCGAAGCAUUACAAAAUCUUAAUAAAAAUCCAGAUUAUGCAGCCAUGUUUCGUAGCAGGCCUUUGAGAUUUGUGUUGCCAGUUAACCAUACUCCUACAAGUGAUGAUGUCGAAAACGAGCACCUGUAUGUCUGUCCCGAAAUGCUAUGCGAUUUAGGUUGUGAAACACCCAGAAUUAAUGACUUUAAAAUUGGCAAAAAGUAUAGAUUUUUCUAUGCAAUAUCAUCCGACGUUGAUGCUGAAAACCCUGGAACGCUCAUUAAAGUGGAUACGUACAGUAAAACUUGCAAAACAUGGUGCGAAAAUAACGUAUACCCUAGUGAACCAAUUUUUGUUUCUUCACCGGACGCUGAAGACGAAGAUGAUGGUGUAAUUUUAUCAUCAAUCAUUUGGGGCGGAUCGGAACGUACUCACCAAGUUGGAGUAUUAAUUUUGGAUGCAAAGAGUUGGAAAGAAAUAGGAAGAGCUAUAUUUAUCACUCAGACAUCAAUUCCUAAAUGCUUACAUGGAUGGUAUGCUCCUGCUGUACAAAAACAUAACAUCAAAGUACUAUCAUAGAUAAUACAAUUAUUUUUGCCAAUUAAUAAUUGUAAUCUAUUUUUCAUUAGAUACCUAUCAAACCUUUCAUAUUAUAUUGUAUACUAACUAACUUAACAUAUUAAAUUUAAUUUGUUCUACCAUAUAUUUUCUAAACGUUAUGUUUAAAAUCAGUGUAGAUAUAAUAGUAGGUUACAAGAAUAUAUUUUCAUCCCAAAAAUUCAAAAUCCUUAAAAUUAUCUGUUGUAAACACACAUCAAGUCGUUUUAUAACUUCA